UAGAAAGUUGACCAUGUGGAUUUAUUAUAUUUAAAAAAUUUAAAAUCGAUAUAAGUAUUUUUCAGUUGGCAGACAAAUGGGUGAGCUUUUGCUGAACACGCCAAAAAGGAAGCAAUUGCUCAAGGAUGGUCGCCCCGUGUCCACCAGGUGUCAGAUACUGGGACGUGGAGCCUACGGCACGGUAUUUAAAGCCAUCUAUCGGGAUCGCUCCGUUGCUGUGAAGAUCAUUCGAGCCCAGGCGACUUCAACAUUGCACAAUGAAUCGCAUUUGAUGAACUUGCAACACAGAAACAUUGUGCGCCUUCUGAAACUAGAAUCCGCCGUGGAGUUCGGCUUGGUCAUCAUGGAAUGUCCCAGGGGACAAUGUCUGCAGAGGAUCGUAGACACUUUGGCGCUACCACUGAUGCACAGGGUUUUAAUAACCCUGGAUGUGGUGGCCGCCCUGAGAUACUGCCAUUCCCAGAAUGUAUUACAUCUGGAUGUAAAGCCAACCAAUAUUUUGGUUGCCCUGGGAAUAAAGUCUUCAGGGGUUGGCAACUUUUCGAAGGUCAAACGCAGUUACAUCUGCAAGCUCUGCGACUUUGGCUCGUCCAUCGAAAUGGGCGAACUGUGUGCCAGACAGGACCCAACCAAUGCCAAUGGAACCCUGAGAUAUAUGUCUCCAGAAGUCCUCCGCUCCGACAUUCUAUCCGAAGCCUCCGAUAUCUAUUCCCUGGGCAUUACGAUGUGGCAAUUGCAGGCCCGCAGAUUGCCCUAUCACCCGCUCGACUGCAAUGAGACCAUUGCCUACCAGGUGGUCAAGCACGAACUGCGGCCGGAUAACUACCAUCAGUUAAAGAUUCUAGCUUUGGACUGCCCCGGCGAUAGUAAUUGGAAUGAUGUGAUGUACAGAAGGGCAAAUUCCUCAGCCCGCCGUAAUUUAAGCCUCGAUCCAUCUUACACCGCCGGCCGUGGCGAUCUGAAAAAGAAAUGCCGCCGCAACCGAUUAGCACUCCACUUCGAUAGUAAUGGCCCGGCGCCAGAGGCGAGUGCGUGCCUGGAAAGCGCCUAUUCCAAUCUUUACAAGAGCUGCUGGGUCAGCGCCCCGGAAUCACGUUUGAGUUCUUUCCAGCUGAAGCACGAACUGGAGCUCAUUCUCUCACCUCAAAAAUAGCCCAAGUGAACCCGUGUUUGUUUGCCUUUUAUGUUAUUGAUUAGUACUACAUACCCGUAUUUAUGUAAGAUUUUACCAAACCGCCCGAGAUAACCGCUUUUGAAGGAGGCGAGGCCACUGGUUAGGUCAAUAAUUUAUUUUUGUGUAACUUCUUUUUGUUUAUUUUGUACUCGCUACGCUAAGAAAAUACAUUUGUAAUGUUUAUACGAGCUUA